UGUUGAUUGUGAUUCAAAUUGUUUAUCCAAAAAAUCAAUUUGAUAUUUUACUCUAAAAGAUCAACAAAUUGGUCAAAUGUUUCACAUUGAAAAACUACCUGAUGAUUGUUUAUCCUCCAUUUUUGAAUCUAUUACAAAUCUAGAUGAUUUAAUUGUUUGUUCAAAAGUUUGUCAACGCUGGAGGUUCCUGAUUGUUCAGAGAUUGAAUAAGGUGAAAUAUUUAAGUGACGACAGUAGUAUUGGCUGUUUCAAGAAUUCAAUUUACUUCAAUAAACUUGAUUCACUGAGUCAAAGUCAAUUGUUAGGACUAUUACCCAGAUUUAAGAUUCUUGACAUUCGUCCCACAAACGAAACUAAAUUUAAAUCGAUUGACAUAUUCAAAGUAAUUGAAGGCAUUAAAUCAGUGAAAGGAUUAAUAUAUGAACCAUGUUGGGAUAAAUUCCAUGUUCGAUAUCAAGUACUGACCAUGAAUCUCGAGAUGAUUGCUACCAAUCUAUUUGAGCCUUCGUUUAUUGAUUGUAAUCAGAAUCAAUUAAAAUUGAAGCAACUUUAUUUCGCUGAUUGUUUCCAGAAUCAUUUCGAGGAGAUUGCAAAUUCUGGUUAUUUGAAAAAUCUCCAAAGACUUCAUAUUGGAAGUCGCAAUUUUUCAAUUAGUUCAUAUGAUGGACCAGUAUUGGAGAGUAUAAAAAUUUUGGAGGCUUGUUUAUAUUCAUAUGAUGCCACUAAUCCUUAUCCUGGAUUUCAUUUCAUGGAUUUAUGUCCAUCCGUUGAAAGUGCUCAUCAUUUAAUCAAGCCGAAAAAACUAUCGAUCAACCAAACAAUCAAAAAUAAUUCACUGAGAAAUUUAGUUCUGGAUCAUCCGGAAAAUUAUGUAUCAGAUAAUUGGACUGAUUUGCGAAACUUGUUAAUCAAGUAUCCGAAAUUGAAAAAUCUCGCAAUUAGAGGCGAUUAUGGGCUUGAUGAUUCUAAUUUGACGGAAUUACUUGACCUUAUACCCGAAAUUGUUAUUCUUGAUCUUCGCCAGUCAACCAGAUUAUCGGAAAAAUCGAAAGAUAUUGUUAAUCGAUAUUGUCAAAGGAAGAAUAGAGAAAUUUGGUUCUACAAUAGGCCCGAUCAACGUAUCGAACACGAUUGGCCUGAACUUGCAUCUCAAACUAAUCAACGAAUCUGUCAAGGGUUCGAUUUCAUGAGAAAUUGUUUUCUCAAAACAUUUCAACAACUUCCUUAUCUUAUUGAUCCAAUCGAAGAUGAUUAAUUGUUGUAUUAAAACAAAACGAAAUGUUGAUUA